CUGUGUCGAAACUCCAGCUCACAGUUCCCGGGGGAGUUUUUUUUUUCCUACAAACAUCUGGAUUUUCUCGUUCGGUUCGGUUCGGGUGGUACCGGUGAGCACUUCCGGCUCGUCGGUUGGACUUUACGACUUUGAUCCCGGCUGAGCGCGUGAAUCCCGGAGGACUUCAAAAGGACACCGAGACGUGUCCAACGUGUCCCUGAUGUCCAGCAGAGGCAGGAGUGACCUUUGCAGAAUAUGUGGCGGGGAUCUGCAGGGAAACCAGCGGCGAUGGCUGUUUGGGGGCCAAAACAAGAGGACUGGUCAGCCCCGGACCCCCACAGAGUCUGUGAGGGGUGCAGGUCUGUCCCGGUCCUCACAGAGCAGUCCUUGGGGCAGCACGGUGUCUCUGGGGUCCUCGGGGUCUCUGUCCCAGCUCUCUGCCAGCCCCCAGUCCAAAGCGGUGGACCUGCUGUCGGUGCUGACCCACAUCCUGGGCCGGUCGGUGCCGCGGGGCGGCGCGGCGGGCGAGUUCGUGUGCGGUAAAUGCGUGUCCGCCCUGGAGCGGGUGUUCAAGUUCGACGCGGUGAUCGCUCGGGUCAAGGUGCUCUCCAACGAGAGGCUCCAGAAGCUGACCAAGGAGAGGGACCAGAUCCGGGUCUGGGUCCGCCACAACUACCAGCACAGACACCCGCAGAGCCUCCAGACCAGGACCAGCGAGGAGGACGCAGAGACUGAGAAGGAGGGCUACCGGGAGAUGCUGAGGGACAACAUGUCUCUGUCUGAGUACGAGUGCUGGUCUGAGAAGUGGGACACCUGUCCCUUCUUCAUCAGGACUGGGAAACGCUGCAGGAAGGGGAAGGGCUGCGAAGGAUGCCACUCCUUACGGGUCUCGGACUCGGACUACGAGUCGGUCUGCGGGAUUCCUCGUCACCUACCUUUCCAGCCCUUCUCCCCGUUGGCACUGUCGCGGGACAGAUCCCAGAGCAUGCCCCUCCACUGGCAGGGGGUCCCGUCGGUCCACUCCAGUCCGGCUUCGCUGGCCGGGUCCAGCCUCUCCCUGAGAGGGUCUUCCCGCACCGGGUCCGUUCAGUCUCUGGACUCGGUGGAUGGUCCUGAUCCCUUUGAGUCCCCAGGAGACCGGGCUGUGAGCUUCCUGCUGAAGGAGCUGAGGGGUCUGGAAGGGAAACCGGUCAGGUCCCCUUCAGGCAGCAGGAUCCCCGUUCUGGACAGGAAGACUGACGGGUCCUCCACGCCCAAGGUCAGCCGGUCGCUGAGCUUUGAGGACUUGGACAGUCCGAGGGACGAAGUGGACGGAGAAGAUGGAGACGUUCUGACGGAGCUAAGAGAAGAGUACAUGCCUCUUCAUCGAGCGAGCGCCAACACCAGGGUCCACAGUGCCAUGAAGCACCUACGGGCCCAACUGGACCAGGCCACGUCUCGAAUCAGAACCCUGGAGGCGGAGCUGAGACGAGGAGGGGCUGAAGUGAACGGAUCCGAGGACCUGGCCUCUGAGGAUGGCGGCAGCUUCCUGCUGCAGAGCUUCUGUCACUCCCUGCUGAGCCGGGAGCGUCUGAUCCAGGAGUGUUUGGGUCUGAUCAGAGGACUGAGUGUGCAGGACGGAGCUGGAACUGAGCUGAGCAGCAAACUGACUGAGAAUCUGAAGGAGAUCCUCUCUGACAACAAGGUGUAUCUGCACACUCUCAGGUCUGAAAUGAUGGAGAAAGAGAAGAACCUGGAGACGGAGGUGGAGGCUCUGAGGAAGGCUGGACGGGACCGCGAGGCGGACCUGGACCUGCUCAACACGGUUCUGCAGAACAACCAGGACCUCAUUAAUGACCUGCGAUCAGCUCUGGAGGAGAAGGAGCGUCUCCUGAAGGAGGUGGAGAAGGAGCGAGAGCUGUGGAGGCAGAGAGACGGAGCCCUCGCUGCUGUCCUGAAGGAGAAGGAGGUUCUGAUCCGAAACCUCCAACAGCAGCUGGACCUUUCUCAGGUGGACACAAAGACUCCCUCCAGCUCUGUGAUUGGUCAGCAGGCAUCAGGGGGCGGGGCUUAUGGAGAGGAAAACGCUGCCUCUUUGUGUCAGGAGGUCAGUAAACUCUCAGCGGCCCUGCAGGAGACUCAGCAGCAGCUGCAGGCUGAGCGGGAGAGUCACGGUCAGACGGUGUCGUCUCUGACGGCCCGGCUCACAGGCCUGCAGCAGGAGCUGAGGGAGAAGCAGAAGGAGAGGAAGGAGGCAGAGAGGAGGCGUCAGAACCAGCAGGAGGACGGGGAGCGACAGGAGAGGAAGCUGAGGGACGACCUGAUGAAGAGGGACAAACUCCUGGAGCAGGUCCUGAUGGACGCAGAGGAGCGGGACCACCUGAUCCAGGAGCUGCAGCAGAACCUGCAGAACAAACAGGAACCUGUGACGGCUGUCAAACACACGCUGUGACACGACAGGACACGUCAGGACACGCUGUGACACGACAGGUCACGACAGGUCACGCUGUGACACGACAGGACACGCUGUGACACGAGAGGACACGCUGUGACACGACAGGACACGCUGUGACACGACAGGACACGCUGUGACACGAGAGGACACACUGUGACACGACAGGACACGCUGUGACACGACAGGACACGCUGUGACACGAGAGGACACACUGUGACACGACAGGAC